CACAGUGUGUUGACUGGGAAGGGGAUAGUCCAGGGGAAACUAGGGAUUACAUUGUCUACCUGCUUGUGGAGGAAUUAUUCCCCCUCUCUGGAAUAACCAUUAAAGAGAUCUUGCAGCAACACCUCAAAAGGGGAGCCACAGAAGUCCUGACAAGAAAUUCUUACCCUUCAUCAAAACCCAGUGACAUCAUCAUUAUCAUCAUCUGACCUGCAGCAGAUUUUUCCAGCUCUUGGCAUCAACACUUACUCGUCAGUAAAAUCAGCACAGAGAGCGUGUUUUUUUUUUUUACAACAUCAGAAGAGACCAUGAGCAGCACCUACAACGCCACGCUGUUAGGACCCGCCCCCUGGGGCUUCAGGCUGCAGGGGGGGAAGGACUUCAACAUGCCCCUCACCAUCUCCAGGCUGACAGAUGCUGGGAAGGCGGUCAAAGGCGGCAUAGCUGUUGGAGACUUGGUCCUUUCUAUCGACGGCAUCGCCACCGAGGGCAUGAACCACCUGGAGGCCCAGAACAAGAUCAAGAGCUGCUCUGGCAACCUCAGCCUCACCCUGCAGAAGGCUGCCAGUGUUCCCAAACCUCCUCCAGUGGCACCAAAGGACAUCAGAUCAGACAUCAUAAAACCAGUCGCCCUCACCCAUCCACCACCACCGCUCCAUCCUCACCCUCACUCCUUCAGCCCCUCCAACCGCACCUCCGUCCCCUACAGCAAAGCCCCCAGACCUUUCGGGGUCUGCGGAACAGACAGCGAAUACCCACCUUCCCAGCCACCGUUUGCUCCCUUCAUCCCGUCUCCGUCCUCCGCCUUCACACCUGCCUCCUCCCACGGCAGCCCUCCUUUUCCUCCGCCUCCGCCUCCUGUCUCAUACCCAUCCUCUCCCUCCUCCUCCUCCUCCUCCCCCCCUGCCCUCACCCCGCCCCAGCCGUCGGUGUAUAACACGCCGAUCAACCUGUACUCCAACGAGAACGCAUGUGAGGUGGCCAUGGGGCAGAGGCGGGGCCUAUUGGAGAGUCAGGGCGGAGCCUUGCCUUUGCAGUUUAAUGGAGUUCCCAGGAAACACGUGGUGGAAACAGACAUCCACUUCUACCACGUCCCCACUCACGCUGAUGCCAGCAGGAAGCGCAUAAUGGAGGACACGGAGGACUGGCGCCCUCGCAGCGGCACCACCCAGUCCAGAUCCUUCAGGAUCCUGGCUCAGAUCACCGGCACAGAGAACGCUCAAGAAGAAGAAGCCGAGGCAGCCAAGACAAAUGAGGAUGCAGAAGAGCCUGAACUCAACAGCCACGAGACUGCCGUUGUCAAGACCAUGAUCAAAGGACCGGCUGCAAAACACGGUUACGGUCCACACACUGGUUUGAUCACACCGUCUUUCGGUAUGAAGGGUAAUAAUGGAAGUGCCAACGUCCCGAGGGGUCCUGUCCCCACCCGACCUCUACCCCAGCCCCACCCUGAGGACACCCUGGUUCAGAUGGCAGAGCACAUACCUGCUGGAACUCGAACACCCAUGUGUGCUCACUGCAACAUGGUGAUCAGAGGCCCAUUUUUAGUAGCGAUGGGGAAAUCUUGGCAUAAGGAGGAAUUUAACUGUGCCCACUGCCGUACCUCCCUGGCAGAUACAGGCUUUGUGGAGGAACAGGGCUCAGUCUAUUGUGAACACUGCUAUGAAGAGUUCUUCGCUCCAUCGUGCAGCCGCUGCCAGGAAAAGAUACUCGGGGAGGUGAUAAACGCCCUCAAACAGUCGUGGCACGUCUACUGCUUCCUGUGCGCUUCCUGUCAGCAGCCCAUCAGAAACAACACCUUCCACCUGGAGGACGGAGAACCUUUCUGUGAACAAGACUUCUACAGCCUGUAUGGGACCAGCUGCCAUGGCUGUGAAUUCCCAAUCGAGGCUGGAGACAAGUUCCUGGAUGCCCUCGGUUACACCUGGCAUGACACCUGCUUCGUCUGCGCUGUGUGCUGCACCACUCUGGAGGGCCAGUCCUUCUUCUCCAAGAGAGACAAACCUCUUUGCAAGAAACACGCUCACACACUGAAGAUAUGAAGACUUCUCUCGUGUCCUGUCGUCGUACAUUUACUCUUAGUUUUUUGGUGUACAAAGGCCAAUAUAUAGAUGUUAACUCCACACGACAUGGACAUACAGAUAGAAGUCGAGAAAAGGGAAACGUAGCCAUGGAUGCAAAAAGUUUAUAUACAUGUUUAAGGACCCUGAUCCACUGCAGAAAUAAUAAUGUAUUUUCUUUCAUGAGAAGAGUUCUAUAUUUAAUUUGAUUUGAUUUUUGGGAUUUUGUUAAAUCAUGCAACCAGCAAAACAGGAGUUCUUCUUCUGAACGGGGCAAUUUUGAUGUACUACCAAGGCAGAAAUUUAAUAAUAUAUUUACUUUUGUGAUCUAAUUUUUUUUCUUUUUGACCAGAAUUGAAUCUUGUCCUUGGAAAAGCAUCAAACCACACAACACAUUAGAGCAGUGGUUCUCAACUCGUCCAGCCUCAGGACCCACCAGCAACACCUCCAGGAGGAAACCGACCCAAAUUUCAGAAUUGUUUAAACCAACAAAAUACAAUUUUAUGAAAAAUUCUGCAGUUUGGAUCUGAGACGGUACAAAACAUGUGACAGAUGCAAGAAACUGUACCAAACAAACACGUUAACAAAGCGCUUCACAGACUUUUUGACCCUUUCCUGACCCACUGAAAACAGCUCCACGACCCGCUUUUGGCUCCCGACCCACCAGUUGAAACCACUGCAUUAGAGCACAGUGCCAGGAGUGAAAAUAUAUAUUCAUAUGCAGACAAUAUGAAAGAAAGAUUGGGAUGUUGGACAGUUUUAAAGUAUUUAAAAAACAAAAUAAUAAUGUUAGUAUAUCUAUCGCAGUGAUUAAUAAAAAAACGAUAAGAAAGGUCACAUGAAGGUCGGUUAGACCAAAACGUAUGCGUCAGUAUAAAGUGAGACAGUGUGCAAAGUGAAUAAUAUUCAAAUAUCUGACCAGCUGCUGCUGCUGCUAAGUUCAAAACAAACAUCAGCCAUCCAGUUUUUUUGGUCAAACUUUAUUAUAUUUAAU